AUGGAGGACGAGGAGCCGGGCGAAAGGACUCCUGCUCUCGCUCAGCAUGUCCAUCACUCCAGGAGUCUUGCAGCACAGGCCAGCGAUCGGGCCCAUAGCGCGUCGCCAAGGAGGGUGCCGAUAUUUGAGCGGGCAUCGGCAAGAUGGUGGAACCCGCAGUUCAGGAGUGCUGCUCUCGAGGCCCAAUAUUGGAAGUGCUCGUUUCCUCAACUGCGAGACCGGUUUCGAUCGGGUCUUUUGUAUAUCUGUUUUGUCUGCAUAGCUUGGAUAGCCUUCCUUACUGUAUUUGGACAAGCCAAGCUCCAUUACUGGUUUGUGGCGGCGGCGAUGGUGUUGGUGAGCCUGGCAAUCUACAGCUUUACGAUCCUGUCGGCACACUAUCAACGGUUCUACAUGCCAACCUCGUUUCUCUGCACGUUCCUCAUUUGUCUCAUCACACUGAUCAUCUUCUCGGAGGGAAAUGACAAUUUUAUGACCCCUGUCGCUACAUUGGCUAUCAGUAUUCAGGUGGUUCUCUUGAUAUACACUGUCAUACCUUUACCGCUGUAUCUUUGUGUGGCCAUAGGGCUGACCUAUUCGGCUCUCGUCGAGGUGCUCUGUAGAAAUAGAGUAAUCUUCGCCGAGGCAGAUUUUGUCAAACUCUUUGUGCAUGGCGGAGUGCAUAUGCUAGGUGUGCAUCUCUUUAUCCUGACUCAGGUACGACAAAGGAAGACAUUCCUAAAGGUCGGGCAAUCAUUGAUGGCCCGCAAAGAUCUGAUGCUCGAGAAGCAGUUCAAGGAUCACAUGAUCCAAUCUGUGAUGCCGAAAAAGGUUGCCGAUGAACUUCUGAAGGACGCCUCGGAACUUCGACGUCCCUCGGCUUCGCUAGACUCAAAUUGCCGGACUUCAAACGCGACACAGACACUGAACAACGAUGAUCGGAACCAAUCAAUUCCUCAAUCUGUUCCGGAUGUCAGAAAGUUUCGCCCGUUCACAAUGAAUUUGAUGACCGACGUCUCGAUCCUAUUCGCCGAUAUUUGCGGUUUCACCAAGAUGUCCUCAAAUAAAUCCGCCGACGAGCUGGUCAAUCUUUUGAAUGACCUCUUCGGUCGUUUUGACAAUUUAUGUCGCAUGUGUGGCCUCGAAAAAAUCAGCACAUUAGGUGAUUGCUACUACUGUGUGGCUGGAUGUCCGGAGCCAUGUGUUGACCACGCGAAACGUUGCGUUGAGAUGGGCUUGGAAAUGAUUGUUGCAAUCAGGCAAUUCGAUAUGGAUCGUGGCCAAGAUGUCAACAUGCGAGUCGGAAUCCAUACUGGAAAGGUAAUGUGUGGAAUGGUGGGCACGAAGCGCUUCAAAUUCGACGUCUUCUCCAAUGACGUGACGCUGGCCAACGAAAUGGAAUCGAGUGGGCAAGCAGGCCGGGUACACAUCUCUGAAGCGACUGCCGGAUUCCUGGACGGCUGCUACACCCUUGAAGAGGGCCCCAUUUACGAUAAGCUGAAGACGUAUUUUAUUGCGGGCCGAAACGAGCAGAGCUGCUUUGAGGGAUUGGAGCCGGGCCCGAGAGAGGGGCCCUUCAAUGGGGCCCAGCCCAAUAAGGCAGUCGGAAUGAGCUUCAGGAAGAAAAUUGCGGCCAAGCUGAAGACCAUCCACACGACCUCAUUGCCAAUGCGCGGCGGACAAGGAGGCGGAGGUUCUUUGAGAAUGAAGCUUGCAGACCGAAAUAAGGGGGCCAGUAACAGUACUCAAUUACUACCGAAAGAGCCAAACUCAAUCUGCAUCAUGGACGAUCAGAAGAAGUCGGCCUCUUUGCAAGCGCUGACCAGCAACACUGCAAAUCCCAAUGCUCCAUAUACACCACCUGCAUGUCCGAACUCUGGAAGCAAUCCGGACGCUCGUGCCUGGCAUGAAAGAAGUGCGACCAAGAAUUCUGGUGGCAGCACUUCAAAUAGUGCCAAAGGUAGCCGCAGCAGCGGUUUGCAGCUGUCUCUGCAAGACCCCGGAUCGGAUUUGGCAUCAGUUGGAGGGCUAGAUACCGCUAUCUCUCAUCACCACAAUGCUGCCUCAUUGACCAGAUUCGACACCGAUCACCGUGAUUUUGAUCAGCACCUAGUUCAAGUGAUUCAAGGAGAGGAGGGUGAAUUUGCGAAAGGAUUUUGGGUCCAUCAGGAUAGUCUCAACCCAUGGACGCUGCGGUUUAAUGAGAAGGAAAUUGAGGAUGAAUACCGAGCCCAUUUUGCCGAAUCUACAGACCGAUUUGGGGGAGCGCACUCAGCAAUUGCUCAUCAUAAGAACCUAUCUGAGUAUUCACCAACCUCAUCCCCUUAUCGAUAUUCGGGCGUUUUCAUUGACAUGAUCACAGCAGGUGGACUAUGCCUGGUUUCUGCAAUCGUCGUUCUGCUUUCUUUGCAUACUUUCCCCAUCCAAUUUCUGAUCUACAUUGCAUUUGCAUUGACAAUUGUAUUUGCUGCAAUUGGUCUCAUUGGUAUCCCACUUCUCAGCCGAAAAUCGUUGUUGCCCUGCGUCAACUUAUGGCUACCCCGUCACAUCAUCGGCUUAUUUUUGAUUGCCCUUCCGGUAGGAGUGGCCAUCUGCAUUGUGCCAUUGUGUGCUUUUGAUAAGUGUCCUACGAUGGACUUGCUGUCGAUAAGGAUUACAUUCUCCUAUCUGAUGAUAUUGGCCCUAUUUGCUCAUUGCAACUUUUCUCAAUUGGGUGCUUGGCCAAAGACAUUGCAAUGUAUCAUUGUUGGCCUAAUCCAUGUUGGUGCCCUAUUCUGGUGCCAACAAAAUUAUCGACAACGCUUGCCAAUGGUCGAGAAAUGUGCUGCGGAUAACAUAACUUCACCGUGGGCCAUUUCCACCGAAUUCGGAUCCCCACUGUUCUUCUGGGAAAUAAUCCUUGACGUGUUGAUCGCUAUUAUCCUGGUGGCGUUCUUGAACUAUCAGUUUGAAGCGGCGUUCCGGAUGUCAUUCUUUGGAGAUGUGCAAGCGCGGCGCGAUACCGAAAAGAUGCAAAUUGUGCGCGAUCAGGCUGACUGGCUGUUGAAUAACGUCAUACCUCCACAUGCCGUUGAGACAUUGAAAACCGAUACGAAAUACAGUGAAAACCACGAUUCCACGGCAGUCCUAUUUGCAUCUAUCACGAAUUGGAGUGAAAUGUAUGAAGAAAACUUUGAGGGCGGUCGCGAAUUUUUGAGAGUGCUGAACGAGGUGAUCGGUGACUUUGACGAACUGCUCGAUCGCCCCGAGUUUUGUCACAUUGAAAAGAUCAAAACAAUUGGCUCGACAUAUAUGGCGGCAAGUGGAUUGAACCCAGAACGACGACGACAUGCCGCGCAUCCAAAAGAACAUCUUUACCAGAUGAUCGAAUUUGCACUCGCCCUUCAACAUCAACUAUCGGUAUUCAAUGAGGAUUUGCUGAACUUUGAUUUCGUUUGCAAACUUGGUCUAAACAUUGGCCCAGUCACAGCUGGUGUUAUCGGCACUACCAAGCUGUAUUAUGACAUCUGGGGUGAUACGGUAAAUAUAGCUUCACGCAUGUAUAGUACCGGUGUCGAAAAUCGAUUGCAGGUUUCAAAAGACACCAGGGAUCUACUGGCUGAUCGCUACGAAUUCGAAUUCCGCGGUAAUGUAGAAGUCAAAGGCGUCGAUGGUGGAAUGGAAACAUUUUUGCUAGUUGGCCGCCGAGCCGAAGCUAUCCCAUCAGUUGUCCGUAAUGCCGAAGAACUGGAAGAA